AUGGAAGCCGAGGAGGACUGGAACAAAGACCUGAGUGCGCACAAACUGCUGGAUAGAAAGCAGAAUGGGAGGAUUGGUAUAGUGAGAACCCUCCACAGUCUGUUGAAAUCCCAGAACACGCUGCAGAUUCAGUCCAUCACCCGCUCAGAAUGUGCUGCGUGCACCUGCUCCCGCGGCGCCCGCCACAGCUGGUCCCGCCUCAAGGUGGAUAUCGGAGACGUGCCGGACGCUCUGGGCGACGGCCCCGCCCUGAAGCAGCGCUGCUUCGAGGACAUCAACGAGUGCAUCGGCGCCUCCACGGGGAAGAGGAAGCGCGUCCUGGUGCACUGUCGAGACGGGUUCUCUCUGGCGCCGACGUGCAUCAUCCAGUACCUGAUGGUGAAACAAAACAUGAGGCUGAUAGCCGCCUACGAGCUUCUGAGGGCCAAGUACCCGGUCAACAUCAGGGAGUGCCACCAAAACGUGCUGGUGAGCCUGGAGAGGGCGCUGCGGCCCGGAGGCAACAUCGACCCCGAGUGCUUCAAACAGGCAAUCUCUCGCAAAGUGGCGUGGACCUGACUCCGUUUCCCAACCGGCUCGGCUGCUGCUCGCGGCGCCCGUUACUCCUCCGCCCUCUCGUGGUGUUAGAUAUUUCCCUAAAGACAACCGAGGGCAGCUGAACUUUCCCCCGUAGACUCGUCACCUGGAUAUUAUCGUCCCCACUUGAGUUUAGUGGUUGUAAAAGUUAUGAAUUUGAUGUAUUUCCUCUUCAAACCUGUAAAUGUGACCCGGCUGUGACUCCCCCGCCGCCCGCCCUCCCCUCACCGAACAGGAGACGCAAUAGACUUCAUUGUAAUGUACACAGCUUCUUGGUAUAACAGCGUAAUCGUGUUGGCUGUAUAGUUGAUAUAGUCCUGCUUCAGUUCUGUGCCAUGCCGUUGUGGUGGUGUUUUACAUCAGGGGAAUUUCUAAAUGGGAGAUCUCAGGAGAUUAUUGAUGUCACUCCAGUACAGGGUGGGAAAAUACUCAUUAGAUUAAUCUGUGCCCCCUCUCCCGGUUCACACCUGGCACUGAAAUGCAUCUUGGUAAAGCUUUGUGUGUAACACAUAGGGUUGGGCAGGUUUCUCACAUGGAAAAUCUGGAAAACUAUAGGCCACUUUUCCAGUAAACUCUUCGAAAUUGGUUUAAAAUUACAAACAAUCCACUCUGUCCUGUAAGAUGUUAGUUGUAGCUACUCACUCAGAUCGCCUACGACUGUCUGACAGGAGUGUCCGAUAAACAUUAUACGAACGUUUGUGAGCAAAUGCUGUCCUGGAUUGUGAAGAAAACCACCUGGAAAAUGAUCUCUUAAAGAACCCUGAAUGUGUGAUACCACAUAGAGACGUUAUCUUCUAAUUGCUGAAGCACACGUGUAAUGUGAAAGCACAUUACAGCAAAAUAUGCUUAAAUCUUGUAUUUUCUACACAUCCAAAUCUCUUGUUUCACACAAACUUCCUGCAGUUACUGAGUUCACUGUUUGGGUUCAUUGUACAGUUUUUAAUACAAGAUGAAAUAUUAAUAAAGUGUCACUUAAAGGGGGGUUGUCAGUUUACUAAAUGAUAGAAAAAGGGGUCCCUUAUUGAAAAGGUUGGGAACCAGUGGACUGUUGCCAGUUAGUCCAUAUUCACAAACCUCUCUUCCAGCUCUGUUAUCAUCAUUAAACCCUAAACCUCAAUAAUCAAACACACAACUCUAAUAUUGUAGAUAUAAGUAGGUUUUUGCAUUACAAAUUUAAUUUUGACUGAAGAAACAAUUAAAAUCAUGAUGUGAAUUUUUCAGGAUUUCCUUAAAUUUGGAAAACGACUAACUGGUGAACAUACUGAAGCAUUUAGCCGCUUAUGAGACCCUCAGGAGUUGGUAGAGACCAAAAGCGGAGCUAAAAGAGAGCAAAUAUUCAAGUUAAAAUUGCUGGCAUUAAUGCUAAUGUUGCUCCAAAACUACAAGAUUUGUAAAUGUGCCAACAACAAGUCUGUGACACUUGUUUCUGUUGCCCCCAAAGUGGCAAAAAAGAAUCAGUUACUGCCGGUUUAAGGAGGCAGAAUUAAGGGAACGCUUAUAACACAACCACCAACAGAGUGGAGACUCCCUCUAGUGGUGAAAACCUCCACAGAGCACCUUUAAAGUCACUGUAAGUCACUGCAGAUGCAUCUCAGUCCCGACGGUGUGAACAAUCUUUAUAGAUAUUUACACAAUCUGACCUUUUUUGUUUCUCCCUAUGAAUCUGUUUUGCUGGUACGAUGGUCGUGUGGAUGUACUGGGCGAUGUUUUAAAAAAGAAAAAAAAAAACAGGAGCUGCUGAUACUCCGAAGUAUCACGUUAUCGCGAGGACGUUUGUGUGAUUUGUAAUCGGAUCUAUCGCCACUGACUUCAUUGAUAAUCUGCUAUCGCAAGAGGGAGCUUUGCACACAAACUUGUUUUAAACCUGCUUCUUGGUGACCUUUCUUUCUCUCUCUUGCUGUUUUUCUUUAUUUCUGUGUUUUCUGAGAUCAUACUUGAUGGAAGACGAACGGUCAUACGUGUCCUCUGUGAGGAAGACUGUAGCCCACAUUUUUCAGCCACAGUUCAUUUGGUUUUAAAAUCUCUCUGGUGGUGCUCAGACUGUGGCUUUUGUGAACUUUCUGAACUUCGGCGUAUGCGGUGAAUCUCUGUGGAUCAUCAGUAUUAGUGCAUCUGUGCCACUGAACUGCCGUCCGAGGCUUUCGCACUGCGAGAGAGGAUUUUGCACUACUCACAGGGGUCGUCCAAAAUGCAAAGUAUUGACUUUCUUAUUUUAAUAUUGUUUGAAUUGUUGUUUUGGGGUCAUUAUUUUACACCUUAUGAAGGAGUCUGGCGGUUGUUUACGAGCUCAUUAGAAUAACCAGAUUACGGUAAAGUGGCUCUUACUAUAUUAGGGCUAUUAUUUUUUUACCAAAAAUAAAGUUAUUUGGAAUGACACGCAGCUUUAAAAAAAAAAAAAAAAGUUAAAACACAUUAAAACUGGAAAAACGUAAACAUUAAAGUUAUCAGUGGACCUUAUGGCCAACCGACUUUUGAUUUUUUUUUUUUUUGUUUUUGUUUUUUUUUUGUUUUCUGAAAAUAAAAACUGGCUUUCUUUUCUUUCUUUUUUUAAAUAAAAAACAUAAAUAUAUUUGUUUUGUUUUUUUGUUUUUUAAUAAAAAUGGAAGAAAUGUACCCGUUUUACAAUUUCUUUUAUUUUAAAAAUAAUAAUAAAAAAAACAAAUUAAAACUAAUUUUGUAUUUUUGUUUUGAAAAUGAAAUAAAAGCCUGGUGACCGUAAAGUCCACUGACCCUGAAGGAUCAGCUCCUACCAGCUGACCGAACGUCCUUGCAGAUAAAUCUUUCUAUGGUGACGAUCCAAACGCUGUUAUACGAUUGAUGUUACUCGUCUGAUGCUACAAGCUAACGGAGGCGUACGAGCAGUUUACUGACCAGCUCUGUUGGAUUUUAAGGAAACGGACUCAACGAGUUCAAACACAACAAAUUUUUAAUUUUUAAAUUAAAAGAUGACAGCCCUACACUCUGUUUGAUAACCUGAGUUUACAUUAUUUUUUUGGUUGUUGUGUAUGACCGCCUCCAAAAGAAAACAGCUUCUACUCAUUGUGACCUUUUUGUUAUUUUAUUCCUUUUUCAACAACUAUUGUUUGAUCACACGUAGUCUGUAACACAACUUUUCAAAAAGAAAUAUGAUAAAAUCUAUUUAAAUCACUAAUUGUUUAAUUAAGGAAAAUAAAUCUGAGCAGCCUCAAAUAAGGCAGCAACUAAUAAUAAUAUUUUAAUCUGGAUUACUUUUUGGAUUAAUUGAUAGUUUGGUCUAUAAAAUGUCGCCCAAAAUAUUCAAAUCUCACAUUCGAGGAAGUUUGAAGUUUCUGCUUUAAUAAGAAACUUUUUUUUUUUAAUUUUUGAUAUCGACUAAUUGAUUAAAUCUAAAUGCUUAAACAUUGGUUACAGGUGGUAACACUUUUAAUAAGUUGUUGCUGAGUAGAAGAGAUACGAGGAUAACAAAUAUUCAACUUGUGGUCUGUUAAUGUCUGAUAAGAUGCAAUUUAAUGGGGACCUCUUAUGCUAACUUCCAGUAGCUUUAUGGGGCAGCUGCGUUAGUUUAAUUUAUUGUUUAUCAGACCACAAAUGAGAUAAGAAUUAGAUUGAUUAUCCUUUAGUCUAACAUGUCCAUCAGUGAACGUCUUACAUAUCCGAGAGUUGAGGCAGAGAA